AUGGCAGGGAGCUCUGGAUGUGCCUUUGGCAAUUCUCCUGUAGUAUGCAACAGGUGUGGAAUCCAAAUUGUGCAUCGUCAGGUGCAGGAGCAUGCACAAAAUUGCCCUGGUGUGCAGCCUCAAGAGCAGCAGGCUGAUGGUGCUUUGGACACUCCAGCUUCUGGCACAUCAGCCACUGCUGAUCAGACCCAGGCUGCCACUCAGUCAGGAGUAGCGAAGUCUCAGGCCCAGGUUUUUCAAAUUACAAGUGUCACUCCACCUGGAUCCGAUCCAGAUCAGAAAGCAAACUCUAGUUCUCAAGCUGUUGUUCAAGCUGCUGUGCAAACUGCUGAACAGUGGUACCAACAUCAGCAACAAUAUCAACAGUACUACCUUAAGAACUACUUUACCUAUCAACAGGCAGCAGUUCAACAAUCACAGCAGCGGCAUUUGCAAUCUCAUCCACCAUACAGGACAGUCCAGCAUCAAUCUCGGGCAUACUCGCAAUCUCAGCCCCAAACUCAACCUUCACUACGGGCCCAACUAUCUCAAUCUCAAGCUCAACCCCAACCCCAAAUUCAGCCCCCGCAUGUGCAGGUUCCUGUUGCCUCUCAAACUCAAAAUCAGGCACAAGUGAACAAACAGCAGCAACUUCACCCUGCAGUGCAGACUUAUCCAGCUGCUCGUAGGCAGCCACUCCCUCAACCUCAAUAUUUCCAAGCUCCAUCCCAUUCACAACCACAUCCUCAGCAUGUGCAAAUGUCUCAUAAUCAGCAAGCCCAAAUUCAGCAACAUACCCACUCCAAGAUUCACCCGCAACACCAUCCCAUUUCUCAACCCCAACCUCAUUCACAACCUCAGCCACAGCCACAGCCACAGCUUCAACGGCAUCCCCAGCCCCAUCCCCAACUUCACCCUUCUCAGCACAUGAAUACUACCGUCCAGCCUCAGACACAACAUCCAUCAUCUCAUGCAGUGACUGGUAAUCACUUGUACCCUCAACCUCACCUUCACCAACCAGUGCAGUCAGGCGCCCCACAACAACGUACUAUGGACAUGCAAUCUCAUGGUGUACCUCACUCUCAGUCACAAACUCCUGUUCAAAUACAGAGUCAGUCCCCUCAACAACCCCCAGUCAUGCGGCUGCCCCCAUCUCAUAUUCCAAACCAGCAGCAGCCAGCUUUGUUGCCUUCUCCUGGUCAAAUCCGAAACAUUAAUCCUGCACAACAGCAGCCGGUUCACUCUUAUGCUCAGCAACCUGGGAAUACUGUUCAACAGAGCCCUCUUAUGCAUUCAGUUCAACGAUCGAUUCCUCGUCAAUAUCUCCACCAUCAGCCCUAUGUACAACAGCAACCACCUACACAGUUACAUCCCCGGCAGAAGGCCUAUAUGCCAAUUCAUGGAGUACAAUCUCAGACCUCUGUACAAACUGCUGGAGGUCUUCACAUGAGGCCAGUGCAUCCUGCUGUAAAUCUUCCAUCUACAAAUCAGAGCAAUAUGGUCAGAACAAAAAACCUAGUGCACUCUGGAGCGAACUGGAGACCAACCAUGUCUGAGAGGCAUGCUGAGCAAGAAUCUGAGUCAUCAGCUCAGCAAAUUGCUAAAAAUGUUACACAUGAUGUGGGUACAGCAUCUGCUGUGGUAGGUGAUGCCGAGGUUAAAACUGUGAAAUCUGAGAUGGAUAUGAAGUCCAUUGAUAAUGAGGUUAAACCUACUGGUGAAGAUAAAACUAAUCAUGGUGAAACAUCUUCCAAGGAGAUUCCAGAUAUACAUGCACUUGAAAAUGGAGAGUCUGUAAGUCAAUCAAUGUUGAAUGCAGCUGAUCAAAAUAAGGUACGAAAAUCGGGGGUGGCAAGAGGGAGGCAUUAUAGAGGGGUGAGGCAGAGGCGGUUGGGGAAGUUCACGGCUGAGAUUCGGGACCCAGCUAAGAAGAGCCGCCCAACGCAUACAUGGCUCCAAGGCUUUGCUCAAUUUCCCAAUCUGCCACACCAGAUUGCCUUGAACGAGCCUCCACCUGUCCGAGUCACUGGCAAGCUCAAAGAACCAGAGAAAGAGGCUGCCACUGCUUCAACAACGCCGAAAUCCAGUAAGAGGACCACUCCUCGGCGGCUGACCAUGAUCAUCAAGCAAAUGUGUUUCGGACAAUGCAAAAGAAUAGUAUGGGUCUGCUGUCACUUGGCGAGAAACUAUUGGUUAGCUAGCUAUGAGAUGGCAUAUGAACACUUGAAUUCUUCAAGUGCGACUUUUCUUGGUAUUAGGAUUUUGUAUUUGGGUUGUUUUGAGGAUGGUAGCAGAGUUAGCUUCAUAGAGUCAGAUAAUUAUUUCAUUGAUGUUCUCCUUAGUCUAUUGACAAUGCCUAUGGGAAAAAUUGUUAGGCUUUCCAGUAGUUAUUCACUUCCAAUGGGAGUUGGUUGCAUGAACAAUUUAUAUCGAAGUGUCCAUGAUAUUGAUGAACAGAUUUUGCUAACUGAAGAGUGUUGUGCCAUGCUGCUGUGCCCCCACAAUGCAGCUGAAUCCUUUUUAAGGGAUCAAUGUUUCAGCAAAUCGUGGUCAGCUUGGUGGGGUGAUUGUAGACCGGCAAGACAGACUUAUACUUACUCUCCUUUUCUUUCCAAGCUUGGAGUUGUGGAUCCAAAAGCUACUGAGGAGAGGACUUUCAAUGUAGGCGUUGAUGAGGUUGUGAACUUGCUUAUGUGCUCAUCAGUCCCCAAGACACCCUUUACUGAUAUGCUGCUCAAGCCUAAACCAGAAGCACAAUUGAUCAACGAAUUUUGUGAUCAGCGAAUAUCUAUAAUUUCUCAAGUGGCAGAAUACACCAUGCGUGGUGAUCCAAACAUUUCUUUUACACUUAUAAUAGGCGAUGGUUCUUCUUGGAAAGGAUGCAUUGAUAACUUGUACAAGAGUGUAGAAGAUAUUGAUGGCCAAUACUUGAUGUCAACUUCCCACAAAACAAUUCUACUUAGUCCCAAGCUAGCCCCUGGUUUUAGCUAUGCUAACCAUCCUUAG